AUGACUAUGUAUGAGCCUAUUGUGAAAUUUCUGGGGCUGCUCUUGGGGCUCCUGGGGUUCCUGGGGGACCUGGGGGGCACAACCAAAGUUCUCCACUCCCUGCGUUACUUGUACGUGGCCGUGCCAGAGCCCAGCCUGGGGAUCCCCCAGUUCAUGGCCAUUGGGUACCUGGAUGGGAUCCCCUUUGUGCGCUACGACAGCGAGCAGGGCCGGAUGGAGCCGCUGACGCAGUGGAUGAAGGAUGGAGUCGAGCUGGGAUAUUGGGAUAUGGGGACCCAGAUCAAUGUGAGGAACCAGCACAUCGAUGCCAGGAACCUGGAGACAGCGCGGGAACGAUACAACCAGAGUGGGGGUCUCCACACAAGUUUGACAGUUUAUGGCUGUGACCUCCUGUCUGAUGGGAGCGUCCAUGGAUCCCACCAGAUUGGCUACGACGGGACGGGAUCAUAUCUCCUGAGAGACCUGGGAUUUGGGAGAUUCGUGCUGGCCACCAGCACUGCUGAGAUCACCAGGAGGCUCUGGGAACAGGACUUGAACGGGGUUGAGAAGAGGACGAAUUAUCUGAAGCACGUCUGCCCGGAAUGGCUCCAGAGGCACGUCAGAUACGGGCAGAAGGAGGCAGAGCGCAAAGAGCCCCCUGAUGUCCAUGUGUCCGGAAGAGAGGAACACGGGACACUGAUCCUGUCCUGCCACGCAUACGGAUUCUACCCCAACACCAUCGCAGUCAGCUGGAUGAAGGGGGGUGAAACCUUGGAUCAGGAGACGGAGUGGGGCGGGAUCGUUCCCAACAGCGACGGCACCUUCCACACCUGGGCCAGGAUCGAGGUGCUGCUGGAGGAGCGGGAGCAGUACCGGUGCAGGGUGGAGCAUCCCAGAAUGCCAGAGCCCGGGAUCUUCACUUGGGGUGAGCCGACAUCUGGUGGGAAUCUCACCGUGGUGGUCGCUGUGUCCAUCAUUGCUGCCAUCCUCAUACUCAUCAUUGUCCUCACCGGAUUCGGCGUCUGGAGGCUCCAAUCCGGGAGGAGGGACAGGAAUGGAUACAACCUGGCAGCCGGAAAAGACAUGGGAAUGAAUGGCUCCGCUGCAGGUACAGCAUGGGAUGAGA